CGCACAGUAUCGCCGCACUUUUUCUGCCGUUCACGCCCCCGCCAGUAAUUUCACUUCGCACCAGGAGUAAAAUGAGUGGGCUAGGUCAUGCCGUUGCAUCUUGGGAAAUGUAGUUCAUAGAUUCAGAAACACUCCUCCCCCACCACCCUCAAACACCGGUUCCAAAAAAGGGGGGCGGGGGGAAGUAAGUCGAUCUUGGUCUCCAAACAGAGACACAAAGAAUCCGUCCUCCAGCGUCGCGACGUUCGGCCACGUAGUACGUGGAUUCAGCCGCCUAGUCGUGUUCGUUGCAUGCUGGGAGCGGCCGUUCGUGUGACCCGGAAACGUCGGCACCACCUGACUGGAUCCAUGCGGUAGGCAUGUGUUUCAGGCCUCCGAGUCAGCUACGAACACAAACCAAAGCCCUGCCAGUUCUCGUCGUUUGGCGCACUUGCCGAGGCUCGGGCUGCUUUCGGACUGGCCUGCUGCCCGCCUGUCCCGCCAGUUGAGGUAAUUGGUGGCCCAUUCACCUUGUUACUUAUCUAGCUGGCAUCUGUCAGCAAGUGGGCAAGCAGUGUGAGAUGGGACGGACGUCAAAGGACAAGCGGGAUGUCUACUACCGGUUGGCCAAGGAGAAUGGCUGGCGGGCCCGCAGUGCCUUCAAACUGCUACAACUCGAUGAGGAGUUCCACCUCUUCCAAGGUGUGACUCGGGCAGUCGACCUGUGUGCAGCCCCGGGCAGCUGGAGCCAGGUGCUGAGUCAGAAGAUCGGGGGUCAGGGGCCUGGCCGUGUGGUAGCUGUGGAUUUGCAAGCUAUGGCUCCCCUACCAGGUGUGAUACAGAUCCAGGGAGACAUCACCCAGCUUUCUACUGCCAAGGAAAUCAUCCAGCACUUUGAGGGCUGCCAUGCAGAUCUAGUGGUGUGUGACGGGGCUCCUGAUGUCACGGGCCUCCAUGAUGUUGAUGAAUACAUGCAGGCCCAGCUCCUGCUAGCUGCUCUGAACAUUGCUACCCAUGUCUUGAAGCCAGGGGGCUGCUUUGUGGCCAAGAUAUUCCGAGGCCGGGAUGUGACGCUGCUCUAUAGCCAGUUACGAGUAUUCUUCUCCAGCGUGCUUUGCGCUAAGCCCAGGAGCAGCCGAAAUUCCAGCAUUGAGGCCUUCGCUGUCUGUCGGGGUUAUGACCCUCCUGAGGGCUUCGUUGCUGACCUGACCAAGCCUCUGCUGGAUCACUCGUACGACUCAGAUUUCAACCAGCUGGAUGGUCCCACCCGCAUUAUUGUGCCUUUUGUGACCUGUGGGGACCUGAGCGCCUAUGAUUCAGACCGCAGUUACCCACUGAAUUUACAGGAUGGCUCCGAGUACAAGUAUACUCCACCCACACAGCCCCCCAUCUCACCUCCAUACCAGGAGGCCUGCACACUGAAGAAGAAGGGGCAGCUGGCCAAGGAGACCCACCCCCAGGACUGCCCCAUCAGCAGAGUGGAUGCAUUGUCUCAACCCCUGGCUGCCAUACAAUGCCACACCGUGCUGGGCCCUGAGAUAAAGGACAACAAAAUGAACUGUACACCUUAACACGUUAAGUUUACUGGAAAGCUAACAACUGAGAAACUGCUGCCUAUCAGGAAAAGCAGAAUUUGAGUUGAACUUGUCCUCAGAUAUCAUCAACAAAUCUUGAAGACAAACCAGGAAUGGGACUCUGCAACAGCCAUUUGAGACACAGUGCCCAACACCUACAACUUAAAGGAGGUUCACUUUGGCUCACAUCCUUUAGUGCAUAGUUGACUGGCAAGGAAGAAAGGCAUGGGAAUAGCAUGGGUGAUUACAUUUUAAACAGUUCCAGCAUUAUUGAAAGUUCAAGUCCAAAGCUGCCUCUGAGACUCAGAGCAAAUGCUUAGGUGUGAGCCUGUAAAAAUAAAAAGAAAGU